UUCACACUUCACACUUGUUAUCUUACAGUCAGCUGAUUUCAUACAAAGAUCAGUCUGCUUUCUGCAGCUAGAGUUGGACUUUGCCAUUGAACAACUGAUUCCCAGUAAACACUAAAUAAUAAAUAAAUCAUGACUAAAUACGAGGACGUUGCUAUUCAUGGCUACGAGGAAUUUUGUAAAGCUGUGUCUGAAAGAAAAGGAAAAGAGAUUUUCGCUUACUUCUCUGGAGAUAAAGAUGACCAGGGCAAGAGCUGGUGUCCGGACUGUGUGAAAGCAGAGCCAGUGGUUAGAGGAGAGCUGUCUCAUCUGCCGGAGGGAUCUGUCUUCAUUUACUGCCAAGUAGGAGAUAGACCUUACUGGAAGGACCCAAAUAAUGACUUUAAGAAGAAUCUGAAGCUGACUGGAGUACCCACACUACUGCGCUAUGGAACGCCCCAGAAGCUGGUUGAAGAGGAGUGUUUUAAAGUAGACCUGGUUCGAAUGUUGUUCACAGAGGAUUAAUGUCCUGUCACAUACUGCUUGAUGACAACAGCAUUUCAAACAGUUUCUUUGAAUGAAUGACACGGUUUUUCUGCUAAUUCAUUUUGUCAUUUGUAAUCUGUGCUUCUGCUCGGCAAUGUUCAGCAAAACAAAUUGUGGUCUGGAAUUAUUCUGUGGUGAUUGUACAAGUCUGGAAAGCAUUUGUGCAAAUUAAACUGUGUAUACAAAGAAGAUUUCAUUUGUAACAUCACCAGACAUUUCAAGUUUACUAUCUAGUGAUUUUCAAAAAAGGGACUGACUAUACUUUCAAACAACUUUAAGGGAUAGUUCACCCCAAAAAUGAAAAUCUUCAUCAUUUACUCACCCUUGAGUGGUU